AAAAUCUAUUAUUAUUCUUUCUCAUUGAAAUCCACAAUAAAUAAAUAUAGAUCCCACUCAAGCCGAUUGAAAAUAUAUUCGUGGGCCACCAAUCCCCGUUCGAUGGCCGAAUUAAAUUCAACAUGCGACCCUCAUUGCAAAAAGUAGUAGCUUCUACAUUUCGAGGACUGCAUACGGUAGCCCCUCUCCCAAGACCACAGCGAUGCUUCCAGCAAACCACCUUCGCCUCUCUGCCACGGAAGCGUAGCUUCUUUACUUCAAAUCGGUUACUUGCAAAUUCUACGAAGGAUGGCGUUUCUACAGCAUCAGAAGAUGGUGCUACCGACAGUUCGGAAACACAACAGCAAAAUCGAUCCCCGGCCUCCAAGCGCAAACCCGUUCGUGUCUCAGCGGCAAAGACUUUGCGCUUAGGACUUACUACCAAACCGCCUCAGCGCACCACUAUUCCGAGGAAGGAUAACACCGAUUCUGAGAUGGAUUACCACCGAACUAUAACCUCUAUAUGCGUUGCCCAGUCUUUCGAUAUGGAAGCUGUACAGGAAAUAUUACGCUUCCACGCCUUCCAACUGGAUCCCGACGGUACCGAAUUCGACCCUACAGGUGUUGUACAUGCGAGGGGCAUCAAUAAUGGGGACAUAUUUGUCUUCCCCUCCGGAACCGUGGUGGCUUGGUCCGUACCCACCGACGCCCUCAUGACCCUUGCCACUAAGCAGCUGAUUCAAGCCGCCCAGCUGCCCCAUCUUAAUCGUCUCGAGAUGGAAGAGCUCGAAUUCAUGCCGGAUGAAUCUCGCGACACUAGUUAUAUGAGGGGUGAAGUUGUCGUCCUGGGCACGAGAGCACAAGAGCGAGAGAAUCACAGAUUAGAUACGACGCUCGCCAAAAUCGCCUUCUCGAGCGGCCUAGCCAGAAGUCCUAAGCUAGCAGUGCUCGAAAACCAGGCUAUUGACUAUUUCCAAAAUUCCAAGAACAGUCUUGACUUUCUCGAGGGAGGCCUAGAGCACAAGCUGAAGCGCAGCGCCGUCUUGAAGAUGACCGGCAAUCUCCUUAGCUUGAGAUCGCAGCUGAAUCACUACUCCGACAUAACAGACCAGCUCCCCGAUAUGUUUUGGGAUUCCGAGUCGCAUCUGGAGGAUUAUUACAACCAGAUCAGCACUAUUCUAGAUAUACGGCAACGUAUUGGGAUUCUAAAUAAGAAGAUUGACUACGGGUUUGAGAACGUAAGUGUCUUAAGAGAGAUGGUCAGCGAAAAGUACGGCCACCGGCUGGAGUGGAUCAUCAUAUUCCUCAUUACCAUCGAAGUCCUAUUUGAACUGAGAAGGGUAUAUCGUGAGAGCAUAAGCGAAGCAAGUUCAGACUAGAUAUCGAAUGUCCUACGUACCUUUAUACGUAGGUAGGUGGGAGAGAUACCUAGGAGAUACUUAAGAACACCACUCAGUCCAUGCUUAUGGCACUUUCCAUACAAGCUUCAGACAUACGAAAAUACAACGCGCUUUCUAAGCCAACGUAUGAGUUCCCUGAUUGCCCAUCCAUGAAAAGAAGCUAUAGUAGGUUGGUAAUGACGACGGUGGUAAACAAGCAGACACCAAUAUAUAACGCUACACGCACAAGACAGAAUAAGGGGUAACUUUCGUUACUCAGUAUUCAGAUAUACCAACCC